UACACCGCCUGUAGUGCACUAAUAUCAGUGGACGAGCCAUUUGAUAUCCCGCCUCUGAUGAAGCGCAAAAUUGCUGUGUUAACUUCAAACGACAGGAAGUGAAUCUGAGAGCUGUAGUCGAGGUGUGGUGAUGGGUGUACAAAUCCAAGUGGAAUAUUGUGGCGGAUGAGGCUACGAGCCCCGCUAUCAGGAGCUCAAGCGAGUCGUCGUCGCUGAGUUUCCUGAGGCGGAGGUGUCCGGCUUCGUCGGCAGACAAGGGUGCUUUGAGAUUCAGAUCAAUGGACAGCUAGUUUUCUCAAAGCUAGAAACCAGUGGUUUUCCCUAUGAAGACGACGUCAUGGAGGCCAUCCAGAAAGCUCACGAAGGCAAACCAGUGGAGAAGAUCACCAAGAGCCGCCCACCUUGUGUCAUACUCUAACUCCUAAGCUUUUGAUUACCUCAGAAACUAAGCAAUGUAACUGUGUGUAAUGGCUCCUCAGAUGUCUCCUUUCGCUUCUGCUUCUAACGAGGUGUUUUUGGACUUACAUGAUUGGUGUAGCUAAAAACUAAAAGUUACACUAUGAAGCUCUUAGUCCAGUCACUGUCAAACCUGGAGCAGAGACGAAGGGGAGACAUCCAAGUGUGCAUUAAAGAAGUAUAGAUAUGUGUAUGUCAAAAGAGAAAAAAAUAGGCUUUCUAACAAUAUUUGAAGUAAAAUUUAACACUGUCAGUUUUUUUUUUUUUGUAAUUUACAGUUAUGAGUUUUAGACAGCUUUGUUGUAAAGUCUCAGUUAAUGGAGUCUUGGAAGACACCUUAACGUCAUAUUACUGUACUAAAAUCAGACUUGAACCUUCUACCUUCUUUUUGCUGCCUUGAUUCUUCAAUUACAGCUAUUUAAUUAUAGAUGAUAAUAUAAAAUAAGGGCACAUUAAUGCCCAUGCUAGAGUAAUAAUUAUAGUUGAGAUCUGAAAUAAAAGUAAACAUUUAGAACUUUGUUAACGUUUAACAAAUCACACAAAGCAGAUUUGUUAUCCUGGCUAGGAUGUUGAAAUGGAUUUUUCAUCAUGUUUCCUGAUUUUGUAAGACUAUUUUCUAGUCAAACAAAACCACUUUGCUGCUUAUGUGGACUAUUUAUUUUAUCUGCUGUGUACCUUUACCAUUACAAUUAAUAAGUUACAGUUAGGAUGUUCUUAUCAGGGACAGAGGUAACUCAUGAAUGUAGUUCUUGUCCAUUCUUGUCAGGCCUGUUUCGUCUGUGCAAGCUGUGUAACUCAACUAAUGUUUUGAAAUCUCUAUAACAUCUUUGUCAAACAAAACCAUAAAUGGUGGACUGCUACUGUGUUCGACAUCUGCUAUUGCGUAUGACAUUGGGCCAUUGUUUUUGGGACUGAUUGCACAACGACAGCAUCACAGAGCAAAUAAUAUUAAUGUCUAACUUUGAAGCAGCUUAAACACAGGUUGUCUUAUCUCUUACCACCUCAGACUCUAGCCCAGAUUGUCCUUUUACCUUUCCAGCUCAUUGAAUCAUCCACAUGUGGAAGCCAUUUUGCCUCAAAAAACUGAGUUUCUCCCCACCCUGAUUCUCAAUUAAUUUUGUUUAUGCCAAAGUUCCAAAUGUCAUAACCUGCAACAUGCUUGAAUAAAAAUUUGUUGAAAGUU